GGCGCUAAAUCCGUACGAGCUCUUGAAAUCCUUCCCAAGCCUGCAGCCACGCGAAAGCCUGAGAACCCGUGGCCGGAAUGGCCUGUGAUAUUCCGUAUAGACUAUGGACACGAAGAAGUUCGAUCAAAGACUGGUCAGGACCCUAGAAUGUACUCGGUUUCAACUAAGGAAUUUACUACUACCGUGAACGCCGCUGGCGUAAAAGUUUUGACCGGCCUGAAGGUUGUGGAAGUUGAAUGGGAGAAGGAUGACAAGGGUGCAUGGAAGCUGAUUGAAAAGGCUGAUACUUUGCAAGUUAUUGAAUGCGAUUUAUGCAUUCUUGCAAUGGGAUUCGUUGGUCCUGAAAAGACCGUCAUUGAACAGCUUGGUUUGAAAAUGGAUCCAAGAUCUAAUAUUCUUACUCCCAAAGAAAAGUACAACUCAGAAGUGGCGAAGGUAACAGUUGUGACCGGGCCUAAUUCUGUCUAUCAGGGCUCAUUUAUGUUGUAG